CACAAAACCAUUCUUCAUUCACAAGCGACAGCCUUCUCUUGAGAAUAGUGAGGUGAUCAGUACUGGAGCAAAGAGUCGAACUUGCAACUCCAGCAUAAUACAGCGGUAAUGGCAGCUCAAUUGUCUGCAGAAGAACGCCUCAAGGCGAGAAAGCCGCUCCCUACUCCGCAACCAGGGUAUUUGGCAACAGCAGGGUCGCCGUUGACAGUCGAUCAAGACUUGUACUCAUCUAUUCAGCAAGGAUCAAGAGAGCUCAUCGAAUCUUUCACACUUUCCAUCCGUUCCGGAAAAGCAUGGAAGGCCCCAGCCGGAACUAUCGUCAGAAUCAGCACCCCUGAAGGACCGCAAGUUGGUGACUUGAACAUCUGGAAUGCACACAACCCCCGUGAGCGCUUCUGGGCGUCUCGAACGAAGCAACUCCACUGCUCUCACGUCACGACCUACGACCGUCUAUGGUCCUGCCUUCCGUAUAUGCGACCCUUAUGCACUAUCGUCGCCGACACCCUGUCCUGGUACGGUCAAGACAACACCGGCGGCCGAGUCCACGACCUCCUCGGCACCAGAUGCGAUCCAUAUAUCAACACUCUGCUCUCCGGGCCCGAAGCAUCCUACGAUUUCCACUGUCACUCCAACCUCACCCGUGCUGUGGUGCCUUUUGGUCUCAAUGAGUCUGAUGUCCACGACGUGAUCAACUUGUUCCAGGUGACCGGUCUGGACCACGAGGGCAGGUACUUCAUGAAUCCUUGUCCGGCACAGGCGGGUGAUUAUAUCGAGUUCUUCGCGGAGCAGGAUCUGCUGAUGGCGUUGUCGACGUGUCCGGGAGGUGAUCUCUCCUUGUGGGGUUUUGGUAGUGACAGUGAGAAGGAGAUGAUCAAGUGCUGUCGCCCUCUCAAGGUGGAAGUCUUCAAAUUGAAGGAUGAAGAGAGCAUCCUGGCGGGAAAAUGGACGCCGGCUCAACGUCCGGACUAUCGUGGCACCCAUGGUAUGACAGUGCCGCUUGGUGAAAAGCGGUCGUAGUUUGGUCGAGUUCGUCCUGCCUUCGA